UCGUCUUCGUCCUCCCAGGAGCGCCUGCACCAGCUGCCGUACCAGCCCACCCCCGAUGAGCUGCAUUUCCUUUCUAAGCAUUUCCGCAGUACGGAGAGCGUCACGGAUGAGGAGGGGCGGCACUCGCCCUGCCUGCGCCCACGGUCCAGGAGCCUCAGCCCUGGACGGACGAGUGGAACGUUUGAUAACGAGGUUGUGAUGAUGAACCACGUCUACAAGGAGCGGUUCCCCAAGGCCACAGCCCAAAUGGAAGAACGUCUGCAGGACACCAUCACAAACUUCUCUCCAAGCAGCACUCUGCCGCUGGCAGACGGGGUCCUAGGCUUCAUCCACCACCAGAUCAUCGAGCUGGCCCGCGACUGCCUGGCAAAGUCCCAGGGAGCUCUCAUCACCUCCCGCUACUUCAUGGAGCUGCAGGAGAAACUCGAAAAGAUGCUCCGAGAUGCUCAGGAGCGUUCAGAGAGUGAGGAGGUGAAGUUCAUCGACCAACUGGUGAGGAAGCUGCUGAUCAUCAUCUCCCGCCCCGCUCGCCUUCUGGAGUGCCUGGAGUUUGACCCAGAGGAGUUUUACCACCUCCUGGAAGCUGCAGAAGGACACGCCAAAGUUGGCCAGGGAAUAAAGACCGAUAUUCCCCGAUACAUCAUCAGCCAACUGGGACUCGUCAAGGACCCGCUGGAGGAAAUGGUCCAGCUGGAUCACUUCGACAGCGGGAACACCAUCACACCGGAGAAUGAUGACGCCUGUGAGAGCCAGCCUUUGGCCACCGCUCCUCGGAGGAAGCCCUGUGAGGGGGACUUUGAGACCAUCAAGCUGAUCAGCAAUGGGGCUUACGGGGCCGUGUACCUGGUGAGACACAGGGAGACGCGGCAGCGCUUCGCCUUGAAGAAAAUCAACAAGCAGAACCUCAUCCUGAGGAACCAGAUCCAGCAGGUGUUCGUGGAAAGGGACAUCCUUACCUUCGCAGAGAACCCCUUCGUGGUCAGCAUGUUCUGCUCCUUCGAGACGAAGCGACACCUCUGCAUGGUGAUGGAAUAUGUGGAAGGGGGGGAUUGUGCCACGUUGCUGAAGAACAUGGGCCCACUGCCUGUUGACAUGGCGAAGAUGUACUUUGCCGAGACCGUUCUCGCGCUGGAGUAUCUCCACAACUACGGCAUCGUCCACCGGGACCUGAAACCCGACAAUUUGCUUAUCACCUCCAUGGGCCACAUAAAGCUGACGGACUUCGGUCUGUCAAAGAUCGGCUUGAUGAACAUGACCACGAACCUCUACGAAGGGCAUAUGGAGAAGGACACUCGGGAGUUCAUGGACAAGCAGGUGUGUGGCACGCCGGAGUACAUCGCCCCAGAAGUCAUCCUCAUACAAGGCUAUGGGAAGCCCGUCGACUGGUGGGCCAUGGGCAUCGUCCUCUAUGAGUUCCUGGUGGGCUGCGUCCCCUUCUUCGGGGACACCCCCGAGGAGCUCUUCGGGCAGGUCAUCAGCGAUGAAAUCAUGUGGCCGGAGGGGGACGAGGCUCUUCCCGCGGACGCCCAGGACCUGAUCACGCGGUUGCUGAGACAGUGUCCCCUCGAGCGCUUGGGCACCGGAGGUGCGCACGAGGUGAAGCACCAUUCCUUCUUCCUCCACCUGGACUGGAACGGGCUGCUGCGGCAGAAGGCUGAGUUCAUCCCCCAGCUGGAGUCGGAGGACGACACCAGCUACUUCGACACUCGCUCCGAGAGGUACCGCCACUUGGAUUCGGAAGAUGAAGAAACCAACGACGAGGAAUCGUCCGUGGAGAUCGGGCAGUUCUCCUCCUGCUCCCAUCGCUUCAGCAAGGUGUACAGCAGCUCCGAAUUCCUGGCAGCUCACUCCAACCUCAGCCUCUCGUCCUCCGAUCGGAGUCACAGCGAGGACAAAGAGGAGCGAUGGGACAGGCACUCGGGAGACGAGGAGAGGAGCCGGCUGGCGGGCGCGGAGCCCCGGUACGUG